AUGUACAUAGUUGCUCGUCCAAACGAGUACUUGGUAGUGAAAGACAUAGGUAGUGAUAUGAAGAUAUGUAGGAAAGCUUAUAUUACGUACCAUUUUCAAAUGACCAAAACAAUUGAUGUUAGGCCAUACUGGUAUCAAUUUCGCAUUGGGAUCAAAUCUAUUGAUAACACACCCUUUGUAAUCCAUGCAACCUUCAAGAUGUGCCCUGAUCUUAAUGACAAGGCUGCAAUUAUUCUCUAUGCCAAGCUUGUCUAUCCACAUAGUUACUUAGAUUUUGCUAAUCCUCCUUAUUUGCUUUUGGAUAAGUAUAUUAAAACUAAGAUUAGUAAUAUUGCCUCCACCAUGACCGAGGGUGAGAUUUUUAUCAAUAACGACGAUGGGGCUUCACAAUUGUUCAAGGACAAAGUUCUCCAACUUCAACAUCAUUUUCGUUGUUGUUUUUGGAUUAUUAUACUCAACAAUGAUGUCAAUAUCAAGAAACAAACUUUUGAAAAGCCAUUUUUUAGAUUCCUACUUUCAUCUUGA